AUCGCAUCACGAAACGUUACUUAAGUGUAGCCCCCGGGGUAGUCGAAUUAGAGAUCCACCUCCGCCUGACAGCAACUUAGGCAAACGCCCUCAGCGGCUGUACUCCGUAAAACAGCGAUAGGCUGUCGGGGGUGUCUGCGUUGCAACGGACGAGUCAGGAGUAACCACCGUCGGACACUGUACAUGGUAAUUGCCGUUGUCUUACCUGCCAAUGCAUGCAGCUCACUGAGAUUGACUACGACAUUUCGAUUCGCAUGUCACAUGCCAAUAUCAGAGAAAGCAUGAGUCCUUGAUUUUGUAGCCGUGGGAAAGUAAAUGGUGUGCGAUCGAGUUUCAGUCGCACCGUUGAGCUUCGAUGGCGGUCCAUCCCGAAGCCAGAUCGGUUCACCGAACUGGAAGUCGGGGAUUAUUAUGUCAUUUGAUCUCAUCACUUGCUCAUCACAAUUAAAAAUGUUCAAGUUCAACUUCGACGUGGAGGACGAUACUGAACAUUACAGUACAGCUGUAAAUCACACAACACAGAACCAGGGGCACGCUUCCGUGGAGGCGGCAGUCGUUCCUGAUGUAUUCACGGAGCUUUUUCUCGCAGACGCAUUAAACAGCCUACCGUCCAAAAUAUCUUACUCUCCAGUCACGAUCCCACUUGCCAACGGAGGUGAACUUUCCCUUCCACGCCGUGAUCUGUUCGAUGCGAGGUUUCAAUUGAUCUCUCAAAAUGUUGAUGACCCGGAUGCAUUGGAGCAACCGUCCGUCAACGCACGGUCGGCGCUGCACUUUUUAGAUACACCCUCUGACCUCGUGCCUCUCGUCUAUGAGGGCGGCUUGAAGACUUGGGAAUGCAGUCUUGAUCUUGUCAGCUAUCUAGACGGCAUAAAGUCACAGUUUGAUUUUAGCGGCAAGCGCGUGCUGGAGAUCGGAUGUGGCACCUCGAUUCCAUCGCUAUACAUCCUUCAUCGAAUAUUCUCCUCCCCACCUUCUCAGAAUCAGACACAUAUACACCUCCAGGACUAUAACGCCUCCGUGUUGGAAUUGGUGACUAUUCCCAAUAUUAUUCUGACCUGGUAUCUGUCAGAGGCAGCAGAGACAUACCGCAAAUCAGAGGAGCGGGCAGACUCUCCUUUGGAAUUGAACAUCUCGGAAAGUCUUAAAGACGCGUUCCAUCAAUCCCUGGUGACCUAUGGUGUCGAUUUACGUUUUUUCUCUGGCUCAUGGGACAUUCGACCUCCAAAAUCAGUGGGAGCUACAACCUGGUGUUAACAUCUGAGACCAUAUACCGG